GUUUUUCGAUCGCGGGUCGUUUUAACGUGUUGUGUGAAUUUAUGGAAAAUAAUUAAUCUAAAAUGGAAGAAAAUGUUGCAUUAGACUCCAGUAAACAAAAGCAGUUUGCGAAAUCAGUUAAAGGGAUAAAGAAACUUAUAAAGAAAAGUGAAGAUAAAGCCAAUUCUGAGGCUGGUAUCGUGAAAGCUUUAAAAGGACAAGAAGGCAAAGAUCGCAAAAAGAAACGUAAAAGAGGACUUGUUUAUUUGUCACAUAUACCGCAUGGGUUUUACGAGCAUGAAAUGACUCAGUACUUCAAGCAGUUUGGCGUUGUAACCAAUGCUAGAGUGAUCAGGUCAAAACGGACAGGAAAUUCCAAAGGCUGUGCGUUUGUAGAAUUCCGAGAGCCUACAGUGGCCCAGAUUGUUGCUGAGACCAUGAAUAAUUACCUUAUGGGGAAGAGGUUGUUAAAAGCUGUCUACAUCCCUCCACAGAAACAAAGGCCUGCUAUGAGAAAAAACUGGAAUUCAACACACAAUCCAGGAAGGGAACAUGGACUCAAAAUAAAAAAGGCCUACAAUGCUGACAAGGAUGAAAAAGGAGAUUUGCAGAAGGCUAAAAAACUGUUAGCAAACCUUUCAAAAACAAAGUCGAAACUUUCUGAAUUAGGCAUAAGUUACGACUUUUUCACUCCAGUUGAUGUACCUGAAGCCUUACAAAAUAAUGUCCAGGUCAAAGUUGAAAAAACAGAAGAGGAAGACAAUAAUUUUGCUAAAAAUAAGAAAGCUAAGAAAGGUAAGAAGUUACCACAAGCUGAUAUUGAAGUUAGCCAGAAAGACCAUAAAGCUAAAGUGAAAGCUCCUCUGAAACCUAAUAUUAAAAAUGAACGGAAAAGCAAAAAAGACGCAAAGGUACUAUUACAAGAUAUGAAGCCUACUAAAAAAGAACAGAAGCAAAAGAAGCAAACAUUAAAAGAUAAAGGUGUUCAACCCUUAGAAGAAUUUGUAAAGAUUGGAGAAGAUUCAGACAGUGACAGUUCGUAUGCUUUUGACUCUGAUGAAUAUUCUAAAAUGAUUGAGAAUGAAGAUGAGUCUAAUUCGUAUGAAUCUGGCAAUGAAAGUGACAAUGAAGCUGAAAGUGACGAUGAUAUUGGCGAUGACAGUGAAGCUUUAGAAUCUGAUGAUAAUAUUGAUGAAGACAGUUAUGAAGACUUGCCACCAACUCCAAAGCAGAAGACUAAACAUGUACAAAAAGCUGCCCAAAAGGUGGCUCAACCGGUAGUAAAGAAAAAGGAUAAAAAACAGGAAGCAAAAAAACGACUGCAAAUCAAGAGGAAGGCAACUGAAAAACUCGAGUCCCCGAAGAAGCCGAAAUUUGAAAGGCAGAAUCAGAGAUCAUUAAACAAGCAAUUUAAGAAAAAGAAAUAA